AUGGCCUCCGUCUCUUCACAGCCAACCGCUCCCCACGAGCUCCUGGGCCCUAUCGACCUCGCCCUCUUCCCCGACGGCCUCAAGACUACCGGACAGCACGAGCCGCUGGAGGAAUUUGUGCAACCCUUUGACCGCUAUCCCAAGGAGAUUACAGGCUCGACGGCAUGGCAGCCCGAGGAUUUCAAGGAUCAGCCUGAGAAGUGGACGCACCGCUUCACGCCGGCCGAAGUCGACGAGCUGAGUGCUACAGCCGAUGCGUUUAUUGCCGCGGGGACACAGUUGACUGGUAUCUCCAAGGACAACUUCCCUCUCCCGAACCUGGGCCCGUUCCUACUCCAUCUACGCGAGGAGCUCCUCCACGGCCGCGGAUUCAUUCUGUUCAAGGGCUUGCCUGUGACUGAAUGGGGCAAUGCCAAAUCUGCCGUGGCGUACAUGGGCCUGGGCACGUACCUGGGCUACUUUGUGAGCCAGAACAGCCGCGGACAUGUGCUGGGCCAUGUCAAGGAUUUGGGCGAGGACUCGACGCAGAUUGACAAGGUGCGCAUCUACCGCACCAACGCGAGACAAUUUUUCCACGCCGACGACUCCGACAUUGUCGGUCUGCUGUGCAUUGCGCGCGCCCUCGAAGGCGGCGAGUCUGACCUGGCCUCGUCGCACAGCGUCUACAACGUGCUUUCCCGCGAAAGACCAGACGUGCUCAAGACUCUGACCGAGCGUAUAUGGUACUUUGACCGCAAAGGGGAAACGUCGCGCGGCCAGCAAGAGUAUAUCCGCACGAGCGUCAUGUACCUGGAGCGGGGGGAGAACCCACGAGUAUAUACCAAAUUCGACCCGUAUUUCGUCCGCUCCCUCACCCGCUUCUCGGACAAGGGCAUCAUCCCCCCGCUCUCCGCCGAGCAGGUAGAAGCCCUGCACGUGCUUGAAGAAACAUGCCAGCGUCUCGCGCUGCACAUGGUGCUCGAGGUCGGCGAUAUCCAGUUCCUCGCAAACUCGCACAUUUUGCACUCGCGCACGGAGUACAAGGAUUAUGCGCCGCCGGCGCCGCGGCGUCAUUUGAUGAGGUUGUGGUUGGCAACGCCGGAGAGUGAAGGUGGUUGGAAGUUGCCGUAUUGGGAUAGUGAUGAGAAGAAGAGGGGAGGGAUUCAGGUGGAUGAUCAGCCGCCGGUGGCGCCGUUGGAUGCGGAGUGA